AUGCGUUCAGCAACAAUAGCAACAAAAGAAGCUGUUUUAGCUUUUGAAAAGGGCAAUAAAUCACCUCAAGAAAUGAUUGGAUUAAUCAAAAAAUGUUCUGAUAUGCAUUCACAAUUGAUAAAAGAAGCCUCAUUGGGACAAGGAUUCGACAGGCACUUUUUUGGACUUAAACAUACAGCAAAACGUUUGGGCCGUUCAACAGAAAAUAUUCCAAUUUUUAACCAUCCAAUUUACCAAAGAAUUAUGUCAAAUUUUGUACUUUCUACCUCAACAUUGUCUACAGACACAAUUUAUUUUGGUGGAUUUGGCCCAGUUGUUAAAGAUGGUUUUGGUGUUGGUUAUAAUGUUACUGAUCAGAAGCUCGGGGCUACUGUUACUUGUUAUAAGGUUUUUUUGUUUAUUUUUUUUGAUGGGUUUAUUUUGGGGGAAAUUGGACAAAAUGUCCUGGGAAAUGCCUGUAAAAAGAAAAUUGGAUUAGAGACCUAG